AUGGACAUGGGGGACCCCCCUCAGCGGCAUUCCUCGGACGCAGGCGAGAAUGAGCAUUCACCUCCAGAUCGAAAGUCGCUACCUAUCGACUUACCGACGUCGCUGGACGACCGGCGCCGAGCGCCAGAGUAUGCGGGGGAAACGGAGAUCUAUGAUGGUUGGCAAGGACAAUCACAGUUCCUCGCGACACCGAUAACCACAAAGCCACUGUCGUUCAGUCUGGCGCUUGAUGACCACUCCCACGACCAAGAACAUGAGAUGCGGGCUCGGUUCGCCCAGUCAUUUUACAACGGUGACGACGAUGAAACAACGGCACGACUAGAGGAUAGUGACACCAGGUUAAUGGAGAUGCUGGCCGCUCAGGCGGCGCACCGGGAGAUGGAUUCGCUGGCCAAAGAUGAAGUCGAUAUUGCCUUGGAUGAAACCCUGUCUGACGAGGAGAAGAGCGGUAUAUUACAGAAGAGUCUGAACAUGGCUGCCAGCAAUGGUGAUGUGGAACGGGUCCGGAAAUUGGUUGAUGGAGAGGCUAGAAAAUACGUGGAUGUGAACAAACCGGACGAAGAGGGAGCCGUGCCGUUGAUAUAUGCGAGUUGCUUCGGCCAUCAAGAAGUCGUCUCGGCACUUCUCGACGCGGGCGCAUUUGUGGACAAACAAGAUCGUAAUCAAUGGAGCGCAUUGAUGUGGGCAAUGACCAACCGGCACAAGACAAUAGCAAAAGUACUGCUUGACCACGGCGCAUCUCCAGAAAUCAAGUCGUCUUCCGGUGGAACGGCAUUGGACUUUUUACAACCAGGCACGGACAUUUCAAAGUAUCUGCAUGAUAAUGGGUAUAACAUCGGGUCUGCUGGAGUUGAGGAUGACUUUUACGACUCGGGGUUUGUCCACGGCCGAUUCGAGGAAGAGAUGGCUCAGAACGAAUUAAAGCGCCGUAUGAUGAUGGAAGAAAGUGCGCUCAAUCUUGAGGUCGAUUUGUCGAGUCUAGGGCUUGAUGAACAGGUGGAGGAACCGGACGAAUUUGAAGACGAUCAACCGGAAUUCGUAUGGGAUCGAUGCCUAAAUGACCAAAUGUUUGUGUUUCAGGACAGUGAGUUGGAAAAGAUUUUGGAUAUGAUCAUCACGAAUAUGACUCCACAGCGAUCACCGUCGCAAAAGCCGGUUCCUGCAAACCUCUUAUUUCUGAGCGCUAGAUAUGCUCAUUAUCAUGCGAGCCCCGAACUCUUGGAGCAACUGCUGAUGUCGGCCACCGACAAGAUCAACGAUGUUGUUGAGCGCCACCAGUGGGAUAUGACGAUACUAGCGUUCUGGAUUUCCAACGCCACCCUCCUACUACAUUAUCUAAAGAAAGACGCCGGACUCAUGGAGUCUACCGUGGAGUUCCAGCUGCAUCUCGCAGAGUUGGUCAACGAAAUUUUUAUUCUCAUCAUUCGCGACGCCGAACGGCGCAUGAACCGGGUACUAGACCAGGCCAUGCUUGACCACGAAACGAUACCAGGACUCAACGACGUCACGUUUCAGAACGAGUGGAAGCUGUUCAAGUCGAAAUCGAAGCCGAAAGUCGAGCCACCGGAGAAAAGGUUUCGGCCACCUUCACCAAAGCGUCGAGCUCAGGUGUCGCCUCGCAAUAUCACCUCUCUGCUAUCAUCCACAUUGUUCGUUUUGGACCUGUACGAUGUACACUCGGUAAUCACAACCCAAAUAAUCUCGCAGCUACUCUACUGGAUUGGUGCCGAAAUUUUCAACCGCAUCAUGCUUACCAAGAAGUAUCUGGCGCGCACGAAAGCGAUGCAGAUCCGGAUGAAUAUCUCUGCUAUUGAAGAAUGGGCACGAAACAACAACAGACGGCCGGAACACUACGAAAGCGGAUCAAUGUCAAGCACGGGUGCCACGACGGUGGAAUCUGCGCGCAAGCAUCUCGCCCCCGUGAUCCAGCUGCUCCAAUGGCUGCAAUGCUUCUCCUCGCUGGGUGACGACCAUGAUGCCCUUAUCACCACGUUGCUUCAGUUACAACAACUCACGCCAACGCAGCUCCUCCAGGCGGUCAAAUCAUACCGCGCCGAGGUAGGUGAGAAGGGGCUCACCAAAAGCGCAUCGAAGUUCCUGCUCAAUCUUCAGCACGACCCUGAUUUGUUGUACCGCGAACAUAUGAAACUCCAAAAUCCUGAAGCAGUCCCUAACCCUACUGUUGAAAAUCGAAAGUCUCUUCCUCCCCCUCCUUCAUCGUCAACAUCUCCUCCAUUACCACCAUCAACACCGCAAAAACCAGACCAGAACGCUGCUCCUUCUGUCCCUCCUCCAGAAAUCACCAUUAACAGCCAGAAUAAUGUUAACAACGCCAACCCAUCCACUCCCCGAAAUAGCGCCCUCCUACACUCCCCAAUCUUAAUGUCCUCCCCAAACAACUUUCAUCAUCACCAUUCUACAAACGGACCUGAAAGCUACCUUCUCGAUCCAUCAAUGACACUCCCAUUCUACCUACCCACAAGCACAGACAUGCUGAUUAGCUACGGGGCUGGGUUUGGCGGGACGAAUAAAGAGAGAGCGAGGAAGUAUAUUCCAACUGUGCCAACAGAGGUGUUGAGUCGGUUUGAUCGGGUAUAG